UUAUGGCGUCAAAGAUUUUGCUCCUGGGAGCCAUGGUAAUGAUGCUAGUGGCGAUUAAUUCCGCCAAAAGGAUAAAUAUAAGACGUCGCCGAGCAACAGACGAUGAUGCUCUGUGUGGAGGAUGUAAAAUGUCCAAUGGUAUAGGGUACAACAACCAUCCUACAGAUUGUCAAAAGUACAUUCAAUGUGAUUUUUCUACCGAGGGCAGUGUUAAAGCUAACGAGAUGCAAUGUCCAUUGGGCUUAUUCUGGGAUCAAAACGGAUUGACCUGUAACUACCCAGGCAUUGUAAGUUGCGUCAACGACCCGUGUAAAAAUGUUGGUACAUUAUUCUAUAAAAUAUCUACCAACUGUAGAAUGUAUCAUUCAUGCGAAAAGAGAUUAACGGCACCAGCUUGCUGUGCCCCUAACUACUCCUUCAGUGUCGUCAACAAUCAGUGUGAACCAGAUGCUAGAUGCACCGAAUUAUGUCCAGGAGAAGAAGCUGAAGAUGAACCUACCUGUAAUAAACGAAGCAUUGUCGGGAAGCUAAGUUCAUAUGAAGAAAACAUACCUGGUCGUGGAUGGACGGAGAGAUCGUGUGCCCCAUAUACAGGUUAUCGUCAUGCUGAUUGUGAAUGUACGAUUGAUUUAGUCGUUGCCGGAGCCAUCCCUGUUCAACCAGCUUGCACCCCUAUCGUUCGACUAACCUUUGAUGAUGGACAAGUGAGAGACGUGUCUGGAAAGUAUAAUUGGGUACAAAACAUUGCUGUUAAUGUUAACGACGGAUCUGGUUAUUUCGGUGUUGCCAGCGGACUUCGCCUUCCGCGAUUCUCCAACGCCCCACUAGGCCCCAAAUUCAUGAUAAAGAUGAGAUACAGAACGGAUGGCGCUGUUACUAAUCGACAAGCUCUGGUAACUAAUCGUGAUUGUGGUAAACCAGGUUCUCUAGCUAUUCUACUUGAUCAAACUACCACUACUUUCCGGAUGAGAACCGAAGAUGGUAAUACAACUGAUAUCCCUAUUACUGUUGCAAGUCAGAGCGAAUGGAGGGACAUAACUUACAGAUUUGAUAACGAUGUCUUCAGUGGUGAAGUUGAUGGAAAUACGUUACAGAAAACAAAUAUCGGUAUGAUUGGUAAGAGUGAAUGUGCUCUACAGAUUGGUCGUGGUAACACAUACAGUAAUUUCAAGGGUUACAUUGAUUACUUUGAAGUAUAUAAUUGUUAAAGAACGGAAGUAAAGAAGUUUAAGUAUCAUCUUGCAUGCUGCUAUAUAUGAAGAUUACGGUACUUACAUAUGUCUAUAACUUUAAUAUCCUAAAAACUCUUAUUUUAAAUUUUGUAUGAUGUAUUUGUAAUUAUAAAAAAAC